AUGGAGCACAUAAAACAAUUAGCAUCAGAAUUAAAGGGAUGCGAGGCAUUAGAGGAGGCUCAUGCAGUCAUAGUGCUCAUUCGAGAAGAUGUAGACACAAGUGUAAUUGAAGAGACAAUGCAAACAGUGAGGUGUUUGGGACGUGUGCGAGUCAGAAGCCGCAUCUUCAACAGCCAACAAAACCGAUACUUGGUCUUGUGUGAAUGUAAGGAAGUAGUAAAAGGCGAAAUCAUUCCCUUUGAAGUGUCUCCUAUUGAAGGUGGAGGGCCGUGGUCUCUUAUCAUAGCAGAUGAAGCUUCACGAUGCUGUACACAAUUUCUGAUGUCCGGAUCGCAACAAUCUCCAGGUACGCAUGUUGAAGACCUUCGCACAUUGUUUCCAGAAGAUGAGGCUGCUGCCAAGUCAACCGAGGCCAUUCUGCGAGCUGUGAGUGAUUUACUUGACAAGACGUCAAAGUCCUCAAGUGAGCAUGGAUGCUAUCGCAGCCUACGAACUUUAUCUUGGUUGUUGCCCACCACAGCUGGAGAGGAGCAGUUUGACCACUGGUUGGGUCAAGCACAGCUCAUGGUGGAAGAGAGUGAUUGCUCUCACAAAGAGAAGAGGCGGAGACUGAUGGAAAGUCUUAGAGGCCCGGCGCUUGACAUUGUAAAAGCAGCACGAGCCAGUGAUCCUGAUGUGAGCCCCGAAGACUGCUUAGAGGCCCUUGAGCAUGCAUUUGGGACAGCAGUGUCAGGAGAAGAGUUGUAUUUUGCAUUUCGUUUACUGCAGCAACAACCAGGUGAGAAGCUGUCUGACUUCCUCAGACGUCUAGAACAGUCGCUGAAUAGAGUUGUGCAGAGAGAUGGUCUUCCCCUUGGGUGUGCAGAUAAAGCAAGACUCGAACAGUUGUUGUGUGGUGCGAUAGCCUCGGAUAUGAUGUUAGUUAACCUUCGUCUGAGAGAGAGGAAAGCCACCCCCCAACCUUUCUCCAGCUGCUAA